UUUUAGCCGUCACAAAUUCUUCACCUCUAAGAACAACUUCUAUCAACUUCUCUUCUCUCCCAGCAACCUUAGUCUCCACGCUGCCUUGUCACAGUUGUCCCCGUGAGCGUGUCAAAGCCGUAAAGUCACAUCCUCGCCAUUGCCAAACCUGGGAAUUUACCAAAAAUCAUUGAAGCGCCGGCGUUGAUGGGUUGUGUCCUGAACUGGGUGUCCUCUGUUGACUGUUGGAAUUGUCAAUAAGCAAAAUAAAUGGUUUUCGUAUUAUUAUAUGAUAUUGGCAGAGUGCAGGGGCUGCCGGGUUGGGAUUGAGAUUGGACUUGGUAAAACUGUAACUUGGAGUUUAUUUGGUCUGGGGAGUGGGUGGAGCUUUGAAGGUUUCAGAGUGACAUUGAUCAGUGGAUUGUGUCAAAUAGGUUCUUGUUGCGGAUAGUUUCAACACCGACAUGGCCUAUGAAUCCCAUUUUUCAAGAGCACCAACAAUUCACCAAAUGAACGAUUCCAGCUAUGAUCCGGACAGUGAAGCUAGCAAUGUAGAGUUUGCUACCUACACUGUCCACAUCCCACUCACCCCGGACAACCAGCCGGCAGCUAUCUCUGUGGAGCCGUCUACUUCACGGAAUGUAAAAAACCAGUAUGCAUCAAUGGAACGGUCUGCUUCUCUGAGGCUUGAAGACCAAUUUGCAUCAAGUUCUAUGUUUACAGGGGGCUACAAUUGCUUUACGCGUGCCCAAUUGAAGGAAAAGGUGAUCGAGACGGAUUCAAGCCACCCCCAGAUGGCUAGUGCUAGAGGGUCGGCCUGCGAGGUGCCUGGAUGUAAUGGCAAGGUGAUAACUGAUGAGAGGGGUUUAGAUAUACUCCCUUGCCCAUGUGAGUUCAAGAUAUGUAGGGACUGUUUAACGGAUGCUUUUGCAACUGGUGAUGGGAUGUGCCCCGGAUGCAGAAGGUCUUAUAAAGGGCAUGAUGAAACUGUUUUUUCGUUUGCGCCGGAUAAUGGACAGCGUCAACAUCUUUCGCCUCUGGAUGGAGCGUCAAAGAUGGAGAGGAGAUUGUCAAUGAUGAAAUCACAGACUAAUGGAGUUGAGUUAGAAGAUUGGCUGUUUAAACCAGAAAGGGAUUAUGGGUAUGGAAACGCUAUGAGGCCUAAGGAUGCUAGGAAUGAGGAUCCAGGUUGGAUUGAUUUUAAAGACAAGCCGCAGGGCAAACUUACAAGAAAAUUGAACAUAUCUACUUUAGUCCUCACUCCAUAUCGGCUCCUUAUCCUUGUUCGGAUGGUGGUUCUUGCAUUAUUUAUGGAAUGGAGGGUCAGUAACCCUAAUGACGAUGCAUUGUGGUUGUGGGGUAUGUCAGUGGUUUGUGAAAUCUGGUUUGCCUUCUCUUGGCUACUUGACCAGCUUCCUAAGCUCUGUCCUAUUAAUCGCACCACUGACCUUGCUGUUCUGAAAGAGAAAUUUGAAACACCUAAUCCCAGCAACCCUACUGGAAAAUCUGAUCUUCCAGGCAUAGAUAUUUUUGUCUCUACUGCAGAUCCAGAGAAAGAACCACCACUUGUCACUGCGAACACAAUUCUGUCUAUUUUGGCAGCCGACUACCCCGUUGAGAAGCUUUCAUGUUAUGUUUCUGAUGAUGGAGGCGCCCUUCUAACUUUUGAGGCUAUGGCAGAAGCUGCUACUUUUGCCAACUUGUGGGUACCGUUUUGCCGGAAGCAUAAUAUUGAGCCAAGGAACCCAGAAUCUUAUUUCAAUUUGAAGGCUGAUCCUUAUAAGAACAAGGUACUCCCAGAUUUUGUCAGAGAUCGAAGGCGGCUAAAGCGUGAGUAUGAUGAGUUUAAGGUUCGAAUAAAUGGCCUUCCUGAUUCAAUCCGGCGUCGUUCUGAGGCUUAUAAUAGUUAUGAGGAGAUAAGAGCAUUGAAGCUUCAGAGAGAGAUGGAAAUUGAUGAGCCAUUGGAAACUGCAAAGAUCCCAAAAGCUACUUGGAUGGCUGAUGGAACACACUGGCCUGGCACAUGGAUAAUUCCUUCGCCCGAGCAUUCAAGGGGUGAUCAUGCCAGUAUCAUACAGGUCAUGUUGAAACCUCCAAGCGAUGAACCACUUGAAGGUGCCGAAGUAGAUUCAAAUGGCAUAAAUCUAAGUGAAGUUGACAUUCGUCUUCCUAUGUUGGUUUACCUUUCUCGUGAAAAGCGACCUGGCUAUGAUCACAACAAGAAGGCUGGGGCCAUGAAUGCCCUCGUUCGAGCAUCAGCCAUCAUGUCCAAUGGCCCCUUCAUUCUUAACCUUGACUGCGAUCACUACAUUUACAACUCCGAGGCACUGAGAGAAGGCAUGUGCUUCAUGAUGGACCAUGGUGGGGAGCAAAUUUGUUAUGUUCAGUUUCCUCAGAGAUUUGAAGGAGUUGACCCUUCUGAUCGCUAUGCCAAUAACAACACUGUCUUCUUUGAUGUCAACAUGCGAGCCCUUGACGGGAUUCAGGGUCCAGUGUAUGUUGGAACAGGAUGCCUUUUCCGGAGGACUGCCCUUUAUGGUUUUGACCCUCCUCUGUUAAAAGAACGGACUGGUUGUUAUGGUCGUUUCUUUGCACGUCGCAAGAAAGGUGCAACGGUUGCUUCUGUCCCUGAAGAUUCUAGUGAGAGCCAGUCAAUUCAAAGGGGGGACUCUGAUUAUGAAGACAUGAGUGUUGCUCUUAUUCCUAAGAGGUUUGGAAACUCAAAUUUGUUUAUCGAAUCUAUUCGAACGGCAGAAUUCCAAGGCCGGCUCCUUCCUGAAUAUGCGGCUAUGAAAAAUGGGCGACCACCUGGUGCUCUCACUCUUCCUCGGGUGCUUCUUGAUGCACCCAUGGUUGCAGAGGCAGUCAGUGUCAUCUCAUGCUGGUUUGAAGAUAAAACUGAAUGGGGUCAACAGGUAGGGUGGAUUUAUGGGUCUGUGACUGAAGAUGUGGUCACAGGGUAUAGGAUGCACAAUCGAGGAUGGAAAUCUGUUUAUUGUGUUACCAAGAGGGAUGCAUUCCGUGGGACUGCCCCAAUCAAUCUCACUGAUCGUCUUCACCAAGUUCUCCGGUGGGCCACUGGCUCUGUCGAGAUAUUCUUCUCUCGAAAUAAUGCUCUUCUGGCCGGUCAUAGAAUGAAGUUUUUGCAGAGAAUUGCUUACCUUAAUGUUGGAAUUUACCCUUUCACUUCCGUUUUUCUUAUUGUCUACUGCUUCCUUCCUGCACUUUCCCUCUUUUCUGGUCAGUUCAUUGUUCAGUCCCUGAAUGUGACCUUCCUUGUAUACCUCUUGGGCAUCACCUUGACUCUUGUUUUUCUUGCUGUGCUUGAGAUCAAGUGGUCUGGCAUUCAUUUGGAAGAGUGGUGGAGGAAUGAGCAGUUCUGGUUAAUUGGAGGCACAAGUGCCCACCUUGCUGCUGUUCUCCAAGGGCUUUUAAAAGUGUUAGCAGGCAUUGAGAUUUCAUUCACUUUGACAUCAAAAUCCGGCGGUGAUGAUGCAAACGAUGAGUUUGUUGAUCUAUAUAUCUUCAAAUGGACAUCGUUGAUGGUACCCCCGAUCACCAUCAUGAUGACUAACUUGCUUGGAAUAGCUUUUGCAUUUUGUCGAACUAUAUAUAGCGUCUUACCAGAUUGGAGCAGUUUGCUUGGAGGUGUGUUCUUUAGCUUUUGGGUCUUGGCACAUCUCUAUCCUUUUGCCAAAGGGCUUAUGGGAAGACGAGGGAAGACACCUGUUAUUGUAUUUGUCUGGUCAGGUCUUCUUGCAAUCACCAUAUCUCUUCUUUGGGUAGCCAUUGAUCCCCCAUCAGGUAAUAACCAAAUUGGAGGGUCAUUCCAGUUACCAUGACAUUGAGUUUUUUAGUUUCAGUGAAUACUUGUGAAGAAUUCUGGGAGGGCUUUGUAGUAUUUGUUUACUUUGAUCUCUGGGAUUAUGAUGUUCAUAGGGGGAAGGACUACACACAUUUUUUCAUUCUUCUGAUA